GGGGCUUGGAAAUAAUUAUGCCAUACCCAUGGUGCUCUUCAGCAGUUAUGGUGCCUGAAAAUGAACAAGGGCGCCCCGGCAAGGCGAGAACACACUGAACCCACCUCUCCACACACAGAUACCCGGGAGUGGGGGGAAAUUGUCCGAGAGCGGCUGUCCGGUCUUGGCCUGCCGUCGUGAACCUUCCUUCUAACCACCGUCCGGGCUUAUCUGAUGAUCUGAUAAUCCGGUUUCAGUCCUUCAGCAUCCAACAUAUCACUGCUAGCAUCGUUAUCGUUGUCUUUUUGCUUAACAAAGCGCAUUAUACCACUUGAUCGCCCUGAAAGCAAACCCCAGGCCCAAAAACCGCGCACCAUGGCAGACACCUCUCUCCAGAAGACUCUCCGGAUAGGUGUUGAUGUUGGAGGCACCAAUACUGACGGCGUGAUUCUCGAUCCCUCGCGAGCCAACGACCCCCAGACUAGAGGCAUCCUGGCAUGGCAUAAAGCAGCCACCACGCCCGAUCCAAGCGAUGGAAUCAGCAAAGCUGUCACCACCCUGUUUACCUCGGCCAACAUCUCUCCCGAGCAAGUGGCAACUGUCACCAUCGGCACAACACACUUCGUCAAUGCCAUCGUCGAGAGAGACGAGGCCCGUCUCAGCAAGGUGGCUGUCAUUCGACUGUCAGGCCCCUUCUCAAAGCAUGCCCCCCCUUGUGUAGACUGGCCCGACGAUCUGAGAGAGAUUAUUCUGGGUUACUAUGCCCUCGUCAAGGGAGGACUGGAGGUGGAUGGCGAACUGAUCAGUGAUAUCAACGAGAACGAGAUUCUGGAACAUUGCGAAGAAAUCCAGAAAAGGGGCAUCACCAGCGUUGUCGUCAACGGUGUUUUCAGUCCCAUCGACACCGUGGAAAGACAAGAAGAGAGAGCUGCCGACAUCAUCCGAAGGCGAAUCCCUGGUUGCGAUGUUGUCUGCUCGAAGGAGGUGGCCAAUCUUGGUUUCCUUGAGAGAGAAAAUGCUGCUUUGCUCAACGCUUCGAUCCUCCGCUUUGCAAGGAAAACGAUCAAGUCGUUCCAGAAACCAGUCAGACAACUAGGCAUCAAGUGUCCUGUCUUCAUCACCCAGAACGACGGGACGGUUUUGUCAGGCGAGGUGGCUUCCCGGUUCCCCAUCAAGACUUUUAGCAGCGGGCCUACGAACAGCAUGCGAGGGGCGGCCUUCCUUGUUCAAGGAGAGGACAAAGCAAACGCCGAUGGACAAGGAGAAGGGAUGAUGGUGGUGGACAUCGGUGGCACUACGACGGAUGUUGGACUGCUGUUGCCGAACGGCUUCCCAAGACAACAGGCGGCCUAUAGUGAUUUUUCUGGUGUCAGGAUGAACUUCUCCUGUCCUGACGUCAAAAGCAUCGGACUCGGUGGCGGCUCCAUCGUUAGAAAAGGCGACACCUUCUCGAUCGGCCCACACAGUGUCGGCUACAAGUUAACCAGCGAGUCUAUCGUCUUUGGAGGAAAGGCUCUCACAGCAACCGACUGUGCAGUUGCGGCCAAUCCUGCUCUUGGCAUCGGAACCCCUGAGCUGGUUCAGGGGGCACUUACACAGGACGAAGCCUCCGUCUACGAGACCCUUGUAAAGAAGAAGCUCGAAAAGAUCAUCGACACAAUGAAGACCUCCCCUGCGGAUACUGCUGUGGUUCUCGUUGGAGGCGGUGCCAUCAUUGCCCCGAAUCAGCUCCGUGGUGCCAGCAAGGUGCUCAAGCCGGAAUGGUCCCAAGUUGCCAAUGCUAUCGGCGCAGCCAUUGCCCGUAUUAGUGCCGUCGUAGACACCAUCAGGUCCACCGAAACCCAGACAGUCAAGCAAUUGUUGGCAGAGAUAUCAGACGAGGCAAAGGCAAAGGUCAUUGCCGCUGGCGCAACGGCUGAGUCGGUCAAGAUUGUCGAGGUGGAGGAACUACCACUACAAUAUGUAGCAAACAAGACCCGCUUCAUCGUCCGAGCUGCCGGCGAUUUCGAUCUGUCGCACACUGACACAAUCGCCGAGCUAUCGUCGGAGCAAGCAUCUGAACAACAGGAGACCGAGUCAGAGCAACCAUCCCAACAAGCCGCAACUGGUGGACAAAACAAGAAGCAAGUGGGUAAAGAGGCGCACCAAGUGGACAUCUCAACCUACAAGCCAGACGUCUGCAACCGCGUCUGGCAUGUUAACGAGACCGACUUGAGCUGGAUCUCUACCGGCUGUUACAUCCUCGGUACCGGUGGUGGUGGAUCUCCUUAUCCACAUAUGAUCCUACUUCGGCAGCUGCUCCGAGCCGGGGCAACAGUGCGUGUCGUCAGCCCUGAGGAUGUAGAAGAUGACGCAGCUGUUGGUUGUGGAGGUGGCGCAGGAAGUCCAACUGUCAGUAUCGAAAAGCUCCAAGGGGACGAGAUGAUGGAAGCUCAGAACGAGCUGUACAAGAUCUGUGACGACCAGGCCACACACAUGAUUGCUCUUGAAAUAGGGGGAGGGAAUGGCCUUCAGGGUUUGACGCUGGGAGCAAGCAGCAAUAUGGAUCUUCCUUGCGUGGACGGUGACUGGAUGGGACGGGCCUACCCUACCAAGUGGCAGACUACGCCGGUGGUGUUUAACGAACGACAGCCUAUCUGGUCUCCGAUCUGUAUUGCUGAUGGCAACGGCAAUGUCGUCGUUAUGCCCAAGGCCUCUUCGGAUCGUCAAGUGGAGAGGAUUAUGAGAGCUGCUCUCAGUAAUAUGGGCUCCCAAGUCGCUGCAGCGGAGCCCCCUGUCACUGGUGCCGAGAUGAAGAGAUGGGUGGUGGAGAACACGAUCUCGCAGGCAUGGAGGAUUGGAAGGGCUGUUGCAAGGGCCAGGCAAGAAAAUCGUCUUGAGACUAUGGCAGAGAGCAUCAUUGACGAGUGCGGGGGUUCUGCGAGCGGCAAGGUCUUGUUCAAGGGCAAGAUUGUUGGUGUGCAACGCACCCUGAGAAUGGGUCAUGUCUAUGGAGAGUGUAUCAUUGAAGGAACUGAUGUGUCUGGGUCGGACUAUCCCACGACUCGGAAAGAAAGAGAGCAGCAAUUCACUGGCCGUAUCAAAAUUCCAUUCAAGAACGAAAACAUUGCCGCUGUCAAGAUUCACGAUGGUCAAGAGGAGGGUGUUCUAGAGAAACAGGAAGAUGUCCUGGCUAUUGUCCCAGACUUGAUUUGUGUUAUUGAUGCACAGAAUGGGGAGGCCAUCGGCACGCCCGAGUACAGAUAUGGACUGCUGGUCAUGGUGAUUGCCCUCGCGGCAUCGGACAAGUGGACGGAUUCAGAGAGAGGCAUAGAGCUUGGAGGUCCCAAGGCUUUUGGAUUUGGGCAUCUUGAAUACAAACCAGUGGGCACGUUCGUCAAGCCUGUCAGUGUUAUUGACGAGUUUAACGCAUCCGAUCGCAUCCGAACUUGGGCGAGGACAAAGGCCCAUGGCCCUUCUCCCCUUACCGGGACACCCCCGAGGACCCAUGCUGCCGAAGCUGGGAACGAACGACGAGAAGGACGCCGAGAUCGCCCAGCAGAAGACACCUCAAGGAAUGCCUUCACAAGCUUCUGGCUAACAAUACGAGCUAUCCUGUUCUCGAGCAUCGUCAAUGUACUACUCAUCUUUGUCCCAGUUGGGUUUGCUGUCCGUUUCGCGCAUUUGCCUGCAGGCGUGGUUUUCGGUGUCAACGCUGUUGCAAUUAUUCCACUUGCCAGUUUGCUCAGCCAUGCGACGGAGAGUGUAGCCAGCCGAAUGGGCGAUACCGUGGGGGCUUUGAUGAAUGUCACCUUUGGCAAUGCUGUCGAGCUGAUCAUCUUCAUAAUCGCCCUCUGCAAGGAUCAGAUUCGAAUCGUUCAAGCGUCGCUUGUGGGCUCGAUAUUGGCUAACGUCCUCCUGAUCCUUGGCAUGUGCUUCCUCCUCGGCGGUCUGCGGUUCCGGGAGCAAAUCUACAACUCGACCGUCACGCAAACCAGUGCCUCUCUCUUGGCCUUGAGUGUGAUGAGUCUGCUCAUACCGACCGUUUUCCAUGCCUCUUUCAGCAAGAUCCUCACGGCAGACGACAAGGUCCUCAAGAUCAGCAGGGGCACAUCGGUGAUCUUGCUGCUUGUUUAUCUUCUCUACCUGGUGUUUCAGCUGAAGUCACAUUCGUACCUGUACGAGUCGACACCACAGCAUAUCAUUGAGAUGGAGACCAGGCCUGGACCGGCAGCGCACUAUUUCCACUCGUCGAGUUCGUUGGAUGAAAUGGACAGCGACCACAAUACUUCGAGCGACGAAAAUAGGGAAGACGAGGGGAUCGGGCGUGGAAGACAACUAGAGGCGCUUCAACUUCAUAGCACGGGAUCGGCAGAAGACACCCACCCUGACGCUGUCACUGACGGGCACGAGUCGGGUCAAGGAGCUCCUACCCACUCCCACAAGAAGUCAAAGAAGUCGAAACAUCACCACAAGCGACACCAUUCCAAAACACAUUGUGACUCUGGCGAGCAGACACAGCCAUCGGUCCGCCGAGUGGCCUUUGAAGAGGGCCCCUCGCUGGAAGCACAACCUGUCCCAACCUCGCCACGACCUCUGUCGUUGAGCUUUCGCCAAUUACCUCUCUUUACACCCCGUCAGUCAGGACUGAACAUCAACAACCCCUCCAAUCUCCCACCUGCUUGCCCACGUCGCGCCCGUUCGCUCCCUCUGAACCGUGGCCCUCCCACUUCUUCCUCUAUAUUUGAUCCCAGCUUCAGGUUUUCCACUGCCAAUGCUGAACCCCAACCGUCAACUACCUCUGCCCCUACGACUUCUCCCGACGACGGUCGGUCCACCACCACCUCCAAACCUCCAAUCUGGCCUCCCAUCCUUGUCCUGCUCAUUUCAACGGCGUUGAUCUCCCUCCAAGCAGAGUUCAUGGUUUCAGCCAUCACACCACUUUUGGCAUCCGAUACGGGCUUGUCAGAGGCGUUUAUCGGGCUGAUCCUGCUCCCAAUUGUCGGCAACGCAGCAGAGCACUUGACAGCUGUCACAGUCGCUCUCAAGAACAAGAUGGAUCUUGCUAUUGGUGUUGCCGUUGGUUCGUCAAUCCAGAUUGCAUUGUUUGUCACACCUCUCGUGGUAAUAUUAGGGUGGGCCAUGGGCAAAGAUAUGAGUCUCUUCUUUACCUUGUUCGAAACGGUGUGCGUGGUUGUCUCGGCGUUCAUUGUCAGCUUCCUCGUGCUGGAUGGAAGAAGUAAUUAUCUCGAGGGAGCUCUCUUGGUUGCGGGCUAUGUCAUGAUUGCGGUAGCGGCGUUUUUCUAUCCGGAUGUUGCUGCGGCGAAUUUGCUGGGGGGUGGGCAGGACGAAUUGUUGAAUGGGGGGCCGUUGGAUGGGACUGGGUGAUGCCUAGGGCAAAACUGGAGCAGGGACGGUGUCGAGCGGAGACGGCGGUGGGCGUCGAGUAGGAACAGUCAUACGGGAAGGAGCGGUGUCAGGGUUGGUGUUUAACUAUUUGCAUUGAAGGCGUUUCUUGACAGCCAUGGUCAGGAGUUUGGAGGUUAUUGCAUUCUUUUCUUUUUGUGUUUCCUGGCCGUCUAGCAUGUAAGGAAUAGAAGAGGUACCGAUCAUUCACUUUCUCCAACCAUUCUUGUCGUCAUGAUUUUCGUUUUGGGUAUCAUCAUUCGUCGUAACAUCAUCUCGUCGUCUCUUCCAUUGUUUUCCCAGCUCAGUCAUACUCCCGAAUCGGACAGCAAGUCUCAUUCAAGCAAUCACAGCACACCCAGCAGCAACAACAACUAGCACAAAACCACGCCCAGCAACCAAUCGGCUCUGGCUGUCUCCGCCUCCGCUUCUCCUGCACAACAACCACUCUUGUCGGAGAGGGCGACAGCGACCGCUCUGGUCCUUCAACGUCAAUGACGUGCGCGGUUCUGCUUGUUCGGGUGGUGGACUGGUAGUAUGCUCUUGGAGGGGGCCUUGUGCUGGUUGGUUGGUGAUUAUCAGCUUUGCCGAAGAGAGUGUCAGCAGAGAGGAAGAAGAAGAUGCGUACUAUUGCGGACGUGGCUCUGUUUCG